UAUAACUCCAGAUAAAUCAUAAAACGAGGUGUGACACUUCAAGGAAUUUGGAGCCGAUGCUCAAGAACAAGACCAAGGCCGCUAUCGAGUCCAACUUUAAGUCCGAGUAUUGGAACCACGAUAUUGCAUCGGUGUGCAAUUUCAUUUUGAUAUUCCUAUAUCGUCGCGAAUUUGGUGAGCGCCACCUAGCUUUCAAACGCCCUGGUAGACUGCCAAUUGAUCCGAAUGCCACACCCAAGCGCAAAAAAAUAAUAUUUUAUCAUUUUCUUCACAUCAAGGCAGCUAUUACUGCCUGACAGCUCAAUACCCAC